AUGGCGCAGUCUGAGUUGCAAGAGGAUGAUGCCAUUCAAUCAGUGAGCUCCAACACUGGAAGGCCAGAGGUUGAGGAAUUUCCCCGGCGGCACGACUCGGAAUCCUCAGGAAAUGGCCAGUCGACAUCCUCCAACGAUGGAUCCGGGAGCAACGGGAGCUUCCCCCCAGACGAAGUUGGCCAUCGCAAGCACCCAGCGCGUCCCAGACUUCUCAAGCGUCAAACAACCCUCGUCGCUCUCGAUACUGCCGACCGUAACGAACUCGUCCGUAUCGCGACAGCUCUUUCACGUCGCUACUCCAUCGCCACUGGCGAACCGUCCCGCGUCCACACCCUCGUGACUGAAGAUGAGAAUGCACCCGCACUCGAUCCAACCAGCAGUCAAUUCGACAUAUACGAAUGGUUGCAGAACUUUGUGCAAACUCUCAGAAACCAAGGCAUCACAGCAAAGAAGACGGGUGUGGUCUGGAAAAACCUCAAUGUGUCUGGUACAGGAGCCGCAUUGCAAGUCCAAGAGACUGUGUUGUCCAUGUUGAUGGCACCCCUCCGACUGGGCGAGCUGUUCAGCUUCGGAAAGAAGGAGCCAAAACACAUCCUCCGGAGCUUCGAUGGACUCGUAAAGAGCGGAGAACUCUUGAUUGUCCUCGGUAGACCUGGAUCUGGAUGCAGUACCUUGCUCAAGACGCUUUGCGGCGAGCUUCACGGCCUGAGCAUUGCCGAGACUUCGACGAUUCACUACAACGGCAUCCCGCAAAAGAUCAUGAAGAAGGAGUUCAAGGGAGAGGCCAUCUACAACCAAGAGGUUGACAGGCACUUCCCGCACUUGACCGUCGGCCAGACCCUCGAGUUUGCGGCCUCGGUUCGAACGCCAUCGCAUCGCAUCCACGGCAUGUCUCGUAACGACUUUUGCAAGUACAUCUCCCGAGUCGUCAUGGCCACAUACGGACUCAGCCACGCCGCCGACACAAAGGUGGGAAACGACUUUAUUCGCGGCGUGUCCGGUGGAGAGAGGAAGCGAGUCAGCAUUGCCGAGAUGAUCCUCUCUGGAUCUCCAUUCUCUGCCUGGGACAAUAGCACCAGAGGUCUCGACUCUGCUACUGCUCUCAAGUUUGUUCAAGCUUUGCGCAUGGCGGCCGACCUCGGUGGUGUGACUACCGCUGUUGCCAUUUAUCAGGCGAGCCAGGCCAUCUAUGAUCUCUUUGACAAAGCCGUCGUGCUCUACGAGGGCCGGCAGAUUUACUUUGGCCCAGCAAACGAGGCUAGGAGCUUCUUUGAGCGACAAGGAUGGCAUUGCCCGGCAAGACAGACCACCGGCGAUUUCCUCACAUCUGUCACGAACCCAAGUGAGAGAACCGCCCUGCCUGGAAUGGAAGAGAGAGUCCCACGCACGCCCGAGGAAUUCGAAAAUUACUGGAAACAGUCUCCCGAGUUUCAGUCUCUUCAGAAAGAAAUCGAAGAAUACGAGACUGACCAUCUUGUCGACCGACCUGGCGAAAGCAUUGCAACACUCCGAGAACAGAAGAACUUCCGUCAGUCAAAGCACGUCAGACCAGGAUCGCCAUACACCAUCAGCGUCCUAAUGCAAGUGAGACUCUGCACCAAGAGAGCAUAUCAAAGAAUCUGGAACGACAUCUCCGCAACAGCGACAGCCUGCGUCACUCAGCUCGUCAUGGCUCUCAUCAUCGGAUCAAUCUUUUACGGUACGCCGGAUGCUACUGUUGGUUUCUAUGCCAAGGGUUCAGUGCUGUUCAUGGCUGUCCUUCUCAAUGCUUUGACAGCCAUCUCUGAGAUUGCAAGCUUGUACGCCCAGAGAGAAAUCGUGACAAAGCACGCCUCCUUUGCCUUCUACCAUCCGUUCGCAGAAGGAGCUGCUGGUAUAGCUGCUGCGAUCCCCAUUAAAUUUGUAACCGCAGUCUUCUUCAACAUUGUUCUGUACUUUCUCGCAGGCCUCAGACGCGAACCAGGAAACUUCUUUCUAUACUUCCUAAUCACCUACAUAUGCACCUUUGUCUUCAUCGCCUUCUUCCGGACAAUGGCAGCGAUUUCGAAAACAGUCUCGCAGGCCAUGGCCCUCUCGGGAGUCAUGGUUCUAGCCCUGGUUGUCUACGUCGGCUUCACCAUCACAGUCCCAGAGAUGAAGCCCUGGUUCUCUUGGAUUCGCUGGAUCAACCCCAUCUACUACGCCUUUGAGAUUCUCGUCGCCAAUGAGUUCCACGGUCAACAGUUUACUUGCUCGAGCAUAUUCCCUCCGUAUACGCCAAACAUUGGGGACUCUUGGAUUUGUACAGUUCCUGGUGCUGUGGCGGGUGAAUGGACGGUCAGUGGCGAUGCCUUCAUCGCCGCCAACUAUGAGUAUUACUACUCGAAUGUCUGGAGAAACUUGGGUAUUCUGUUUGCUUUCUUGAUUGGGUUCACCGUCAUUUACCUCGUGGCCACCGAGCUCAACUCAGCAUCGACAAGCACGGCCGAGGCGCUGGUUUUCCAAAAAGGUCACAUCCCACCACAUCUCCAAGCCGGUAAAAGCGAGAGUUCAAAGGAUGAAGAAUCGCUCCAGCGCCCGGCUGGCAAAGAGGCUUCAUCGAGCGGAGAUGUGGGAGCAAUCGAACCCCAGAAAGACAUCUUCACCUGGCGCAACGUCGUCUACGACAUCCAAGUCAAGGAUGGACAACGUCGACUCUUAGAUGGCGUCUCUGGAUGGGUCAAGCCUGGGACCUUGACGGCUCUAAUGGGUGUUAGUGGAGCAGGCAAAACAACCCUUCUCGAUGUUUUGGCGCAGCGCACAACGAUGGGCGUCAUCACGGGCGACAUGUUGGUCAACGGAAAGCCCUUUGAUGCCAGCUUUCAACGCAAGACUGGCUACGUACAGCAACAAGGCAAGACAUACCUUCACUUGCAGACUGCCACAGUCCGCGAAAGCCUUCGGUUCAGCGCUAUGCUGAGACAACCAAAGUCAGUCAGCAAGCAGGAAAAGUACGCCUUUGUGGAAGAAGUCAUCAAGAUGCUCAACAUGCAAGAUUAUGCGGAUGCCAUCGUCGGAGUUCCAGGCGAGGGCUUGAACGUUGAACAGCGAAAGUUGCUCACCAUUGGUGUCGAGCUGGCAGCAAAGCCCAAGUUGCUUUUGUUUCUUGAUGAGCCCACAAGUGGCCUCGAUUCUCAGAGUUCUUGGGCUAUCUGUUCCUUCUUGAGGAAAUUGGCCAACUCUGGACAGGCUGUGUUGUGUACGGUUCAUCAACCGAGUGCCAUUCUUUUCCAGCAGUUUGACCGUCUUCUCUUCCUCGCCAAAGGAGGGAAAACGGUAUACUUUGGCAACAUUGGCGAGGACUCUCGGACACUUUUGGACUAUUUCCAGCAGCACGGCGCACGAGCGUGCGACAAGGAAGAGAACCCGGCCGAGUACAUCCUCGAAGUCAUCAGCAACGUCACAAACAACAAGGGCGAAGAUUGGCACUCUGUCUGGAAGGGCAGCGAAGAACAUCAAGCGGUUGAGACCGAAAUCGACAGGAUCCAUGCUGAGAAGCAAAAUGAAGCAGCAGCAGGAGAAGACGAAGCUUCCUCGCAGGCAGAGUUUGCCAUGCCAUUCUUUUCCCAGCUGCAGGCCGUCUCGUACAGAGUCUUCCAACAGUACUGGCGCAUGCCGGCCUACAUCUUUGCCAAGUUCAUGCUCGGCAUCGUAGCCGGCUUGUUCAUCGGUUUCUCGUUCUUCCAGUCGUCAACUUCGCUGGCGGGAAUGCAGAAUGUCAUCUUCUCCGUUUUCUUACUGACUACCAUCUUUACCACGCUCGUGCAACAGAUUAUCCCAAACUUUGUCACUCAACGGGCUCUCUACGAAGUCAGAGAACGGCCAAGCAAGGCAUACUCAUGGAAAGCCUUUAUCAUCGCCAACAUCAUCGUCGAGAUCCCAUACCAAGUCGUCACGGGCGUUCUGAUCUGGAGCUGCUUCUACUACCCCGUCGUAGGCAUCCAGAGCUCCGACAGACAAGUCCUCGUUCUGCUCUUUGUCAUUGAACUAUUCAUCUACGCCAGCGCCUUUGCACAGAUGACCAUCGCGGCGCUUCCAGAUGCGCAGACAGCAGGCAGUCUCGUCACAAUUCUUACCAUGAUGAGCACUAUUUUCAGCGGUGUUCUGCAGACUCCCAGUGCGCUUCCUGGCUUUUGGAUAUUCAUGUACCGCCUCUCUCCGUUUACAUAUUGGAUCUCCGGUAUCGUGGCGACCAUGCUCCACGGCAGGCCAGUCGAAUGCUCCUCAACCGAGACGUCAACCUUUAAUCCCCCAUCAGGCGAAACAUGCGGGGAGUAUCUCGACCCAAUCCUAUCCCAAGCCCCAGGCCAGCUCCAGAAUCCCUCGGCCACGGAGCAAUGUCGAUACUGCGCGUUCCGCUACGCAGAUCAAUACCUCGCAGGCUCCAGGAUAUACUGGUCCGAGAGAUGGCGCAACUACGGUAUCAUGUGGGCUUUUAUUGUGUUCAACAUGAUGGUGGCGAUUGUCACGUACUAUCUGUUCAGAGUGAAGAAGUGGUCUAAGAAGUGA